AUGUUGAAACUCAGAAUAUUUCUUUGGAGAUAUAAAUAAAAUAAAUUACAAAAACAAACAUUUAUUGGAUCUCUUAAACUUGCUAAAUAGGAAUCCAAUAUUUUACAUAAUCAUUUCUUAUAAUUACAGUAAGUACCUAAUGAAUAGAAAGCUAAAUGGAAAUAAAUUAAUUUGAAGAAGGAAAUUGAAGAAUAAGUAUUUAACAUUAAAGCUUAAGCAAAAUUGAUUAAAAUGCCUAAUUUAAAUAAAUAACACAUUUUAGAAGCACUAAAAUUAUAUAAUCUUUCAAUCUAAGCAUUAUUAGAAGGAAAAAGAGAAGUUGUAUAAAAUGAUAAAUUUGUAUUUAAAGAUGGACAAUCCUUAUAAUAGAAAGUGGAUAAAAUUAAGGAUUUUUUGAUGAGAAUUACAAACCAAUGA